GGCAAACAAUGAUAUCAAGCCUCCUACCUGGGUACAAACCUUCUCCUGUCAGUCAUAGAAACCCCUGAAGGGGUUAUUCACGCUACACUUACCCUGACUACGUCGUAUUUAAAAGUUUAAAAUCAUUUCGUGACUUCUGGCUAUUUUGAUGGCUUAAAUGUUCAUAACCCACAGCUUGAAAGCUACCGAUAGCUAUUUCGCAUCACUCUUAGUGUCAACUCUAUGUCUAUAACAGAAAAUACUCAACUUUGGAUUUGUUCUCGUAACUGGAACAAAGGGUCCACACGAGAGAAACAUAAGAGUUUCAAAGAAACGUUUAUAACAUAGAAAUUCAUGGCAACCUGUAUGCAGGAAUUACCGAAAUCCAAAGCUCUGGCGCAGCGUUACCUUUCUAUCCAUCAUAUGUCUCCAAAAGAAACUAACAGCUAUGCAUGCCGAGUCUUGAAGAAUUUAUAUUCUCUUUGGCAGGAUCAGCUUCUGUGUGAUGUGGAGAUCCAAGUUGGCACCAAAACCUUUUAUGCCCAUCGUAAUGUAUUGGCUGCUGGCAGUUCUUACUUUAAUGCCAUGUUUACCAGUACUUUAGUAGAAAAUGACCAGAAAGUCAUCACAUUGCAGGGAUUACAACCAGAAUCUUUUCAAAGUCUUCUACAUUUCUUUUAUACUGGUCAAAUUGAAGUAAGUACUGAGAAUUGUCAGGAUCUCCUGUCUGCGGCUGACAUGUUUGAUGUCACUGAAGUGUUGGCAUUCUGCUGUGAAUACCUCAAACAACAAUUGUCUGUUGACAACUGCAUUGGUAUCUAUAUAUUUGCUGAAGCACAUGCAUGUAAAGAUGUUCUGAAUGCUGCAGAGAAAUAUAUUUACAGCCACUUUGCAGAGGUUGAACAGUCUGAAGAAUUCUUUGAUCUUCCUAAAGAAACUCUAAUCCAUUUUUUAAGUAGUGAACACUUGCAUGUAAGAACAGAACUGGAAGUGUUUCACCUGGCGCUUAGGUGGCUUCUGCAUGACAUCACAACUCGGAAAGUAUUUAUUUGGGAUGUCAUGUCUCCGGUUCGAUUCCCUUUAAUAGCAGAAAACCAACUGCAAGAAUAUCUUCAAAACUCUUUUGACUUAGGUGAUAACGAACACGAUAUUUCUCUCUCUGUUAUUUGCUAUAAAAUGUACAAACACAACAGAUUAAAGACGAGUUUAAUGAGACCUAGGUUACAAACAUGCAAAAAUAUAUAUAUAAUUGCUGGAUUUUCUCGACUCCAAGGCAAAAAAUGGGCCGAUGGCGAAACCCUGUCUUGUGUGGAAAAAUUUGAUACGUUUGAAAAGCAAUGGAAAAUUAUGCCUGACAUUGAAGAUGCUCGGAGUGGCCAUGGAACUGCUGUGUUUAAUAAAAAGGUUUAUGUUGCUGGGGGAGAGCAUGAGUCAUUGAUUUGUGACACGGUGGAAUGUUUUGAUCCGACAACUGGCACAUGGAGUGGAAUUGCUUGUAUGAAUUUUCCUCGUUGUAAUCUAGCAUUAUGUGCGGACAGGAAUCAUUUAUAUGCAAUCGGAGGCUGGAUUGGGAGUGAGUUGGGGGCCACCAUUGAAAGAUACGACUCGACACUUGAUCAGUGGAUAGUGUGUGGUAAAGUAAAUACUCUGCGAUACGCCAUGGGAUAUGUUGAACAUGAAGAAGGUUUAUUCUAUUUGAUUGGUGGUGCUGAUUAUUCUGGCAUUGAGUUGAAGACUACUGAGUGCUACAACCCUGUAACCAAAGAAUGGACUGUUCUGAGAGAUAUGCCAACACAGAGAAGCCAUGUCGCUGUAACCAUCAUUGACAACUAUAUUUAUGCUGUUGGUGGCUGUAAUGAACAUGAAGGAGCCCUGGAUGUUGUCGAAAAAUAUUGCAUUGACACUGACAGCUGGAGCAUUAUCCCACCGAUGCUGUCCAACCGAGCUGGAGCCAGUGUUGUUGCCGUUGACAACAUUAUUUAUGUCUUUGGUGGCUGGUUUACAGAGAAGGGUCUCAUUGGUCAGUAUAUGGCACCUACAACACAUUACACUUCAGAAUGUUACAAUCCCCAAACAAACAAAUGGACAGCAGGUCCUUCAAUGAGGACUGGUCGCUGUGAUACAGGCAUUGCAGUUCUUUUGUGAUGUAGAGGAGGGCUUUUCAUUUGGUUUCUUGAUCUCACUGGUGUCAGAGGACAUGGGCACAAUUUGAUCAUAUUUCUUCUACAUUUUGAAAGAAAAUACAAGGUGUUACUUUGACUAAAUAAGUUUCUUAGUCAAAUUAGUCUGGAUCUUGUCUGUGUUCUAUCACCAACACACUAAUGUCCACUGGAGAUAUUAUUCUGAUCUCUUCCUGCUCUGCUGAAUGUAGAGUCUAACAGGACAAGCAAUAUGUAGGAUUAAGUAAAACAUCAUGCUACAACGUAAUCAAAAUUAAUAUUUCAAGUUAUUUUUAGCCCAACAUCAGCUCUGACUAUUGUUUUUUGGGGGGGAUUUUUUAAAAACCUAUCGAAUGUGUCCCUCUUCCCCCCCCCCUCCUAAGAUGGUAUAAUGUGCUUUGAGGAAGAUUUAGCUACUACUUCUAGCAGGCUGAGCAAUCAUAUAAAGUCUCCUUUCAACGACUGGUAUGAUUACGAUCUUGUGUUUUUCUGUAGGAGUUUUACUGUGAUCAAAACAUUCCAAUGACCAGGUGUUCCAAAUAAAUACUUUAUUUCAUAAACAUGGACACACAAGACAUUGUAUAUCGACAACAUUCCUUCCAAGAUAGCUGAUCAUAAUGUCAAUGAUGUUUAAGAAUAAAGAAACUUUAAAAACACACAAAACAAUGAAUAAAUUAUAAAUUAAUGGCUAA